GAAAGUAGUAUAGUUCAAAAAGCAAGAAUACUCCAAAGAUGGAGAUCAAGAAAACCCAAAUUCUUCUUCUUUCAACUCUCUUGCUUUCAUCUUUGGCUCUCAAGAUCCUUGGGAAGAGCCACAGAGAAGCUCGCCAUCAACUUUUCAUGGCUAAAUUGAAGCCUAAUUCUAACAUUGACAAAUCCCACUUCACACCAUUUGAGAAUCCACCUGAGCCUAUGCAAGAUGGGCUGAAAGAGAAGGAUAUCAUUCAGAAAUUGCCCGGACAACCCUCUGUUAGUUUCAAACAGUAUGGUGGAUACAUCACCAUCAAUGCCACUGCUGGCCGUGCCUUCUAUUAUUACUUCACCGAAGCACAGGAUCCCAAGAAAGCUCAAGAUUUGCCCCUUCUCCUUUGGCUCAAUGGAGGUCCUGGUUGUUCUUCACUUGGCUAUGGAGCAAUGCAAGAACUUGGACCGUUCAGGGUUGGUAGCGAUGGCAAAACAUUGUACAAGAAUCAAUAUGCCUGGAAUCAUGUGGCCAAUGUUCUGUUCCUAGAAUCUCCAGCAGGGGUUGGCUUUUCAUACUCCAACACAACGUCAGAUUUUGUGAAGGGUGGGGAUAGAAAAACGGCUGCGGACAAUUACAUUUUCUUAAUAAAUUGGCUUGAGAGGUUUCCCGAGUACAAAGAUAGAGAUUUUUAUAUUGCUGGAGAGAGCUAUGCUGGUCAUUAUGUACCUCAAUUGGCACAUAAUAUUGUGUAUCAUAACAGGAAGGCCAACAAGACAAUCAUUAACCUGAAAGGAAUUCUGAUUGGAAAUGCAGAUAUCAAUCAUGAGACGGAUAACAUAGGCAUGAUUGAUUACUGGGCAAGCCAUGCUUUGAUUUCCCUUGAAUCUUCAAGAAAAAUUCACAAAUACUGUAAUUUCUCAUUGGAUGCCCAAAGAUCUGAUGAAUGCAGUAGCACCUUAGGUGAAGUUAGCAACAUGCUAGAAGAUAUUGACAUCUACAAUAUCUAUUAUCCUCUGUGCUUGGAUGCCAAUGUGACCAGCAUCCCUAAGAGGUUUUCGAUAAUGGAGAUCGAUCCAUGCAGCGACAAUUAUGUUUACUCAUACUUUAAUCUGCCUGAAGUACAAGAGGCAAUCCAUGCUAAUGUAACCAAAUUACACUAUGAUUGGCAAUCAUGCAGUGGCGUUAUUGAACACUGGGAAGAUAGAGCAUCAACGGUCCUUCCUUCCAUUGAAGAGUUGAUGGAUAAUGGAAUUCGUGUGUGGCUAUUUAGUGGUGAUAUGGAUGGAAGGGUUCCAGUGACCAGUACGCAAUACUCCUUAGAAGUGAUGAAUAUUACAACUUUAAAUCCUUGGCGUGCCUGGUAUCGAGACAGCGAGGUUGGUGGAUAUGUUCAAGAGUACAAAGAUAAUUUGACAUUUGUAACGGUUAGAGGUGCCGGUCACGAAGUACCAAGCUACCGACCUGAUCGAGCUCUUUCUCUUGUUUUAAACUUUAUUGCAGGGACUCCACUCCCCAAAAAAUAGUAGAUUGUCACUGAACCAUCUUCUUGGGAUGCAUUGACUAAAUAUGUUUCUUUUAUAUUGACUUGAAAAUGUAAUCAAGCAAAAAAGAAUUUAGAUCA